GGCACCAACCGACACACUUCGGGCAGCCAGACGUUGGAACCACUGAAGGAAUCCAGAAGUUGCCAGAGUCAAGUUCACAUACCGUAAAGAAGGAGGAGUUGCGAGGUGAUUUUUUCGAAACAAGGAGGGUUAACUGCCGCAGAAUAUUGAGCUUGGUGCCGCAGGAGGAGCCUCCAGACAAGACAGCAAGAACAUGGACGACAUGACUGUGGAAGAGAUGACCAUGAGGGCCAACGCAGUGACUGACGAGUCACUGGAAAGCACACGGAGGAUGCUGCAGAUGGCAGAGGAGAGCAAACAGACCGGCGUCAACACCAUGGUGAUGUUGGACCAGCAAGGAGAGCAACUGAAGAAUGUGGAGGAGGGCUUGGACCAGAUCAACCAGGACAUGAAACAGGCUGAGAAAAACCUGACUGACCUCUCUAAGUGCUGCGGUCUCUGUGUCUGCCCCUGUGACAGGGUGACGUCUAUCGAGCACGAAUCACGAUACAAGCGCACCUGGGGUACCGGAGGAGGUGACGCCGAAGGUAACGCCGACGGUUCAGGAGUAGUCUCAAGGCAGCCCUCAGGAGUUCGCAACGGCCAGGCCGGCCAGGUGAACGCCCAAGCACCCUCAGGUCCAUACAUCAAGAGGAUAACCAAUGAUGCACGCGAGGAUGAGAUGGAGGAGAAUCUGGAUGCAGUUGGAAGCAUCAUUGGCAACCUGAAAAAUAUGGCUGUGGACAUGGGCAACGAGAUAGACAAGCAGAACAAACAGAUUGACCGCAUCAACGAUAAGGCGGACAUGAACAAAGUUCGCAUUGAUGACGCGAACCAGAGAGCCAACAAGCUCAUCAACUAGACUAGGAAUUCUGCUUCUGCCAGUUUUAUCCAUCAACCUUGAGCCUCUGUCACCACACACACAUACACAUACAUACACAUACAUACACACAGCCUACUUGCGUACAUGCACGAACCCACACUCUGACAUGAAAAAGAAAAUUCAGUCAGGGAGAAUGUUUUUUUGCCAGCAGUGUGCUAGCCUUUACUGCACUAAGAUGUAAAUAGAAUACAUUUAGACAUUUUACAAAUUGGCCCCUUCUGUCAAAACACCAGUACACCCUUUGACACAUGUUUUCAUAGUCAUGCUGGACUUUGAGAAGCAGUGAAGGCAUCAGAAACUGCACCAAAGAGAAAGUGCCUGACUGCCAAUCACUGCUGUUUAAAACCAAAUAUUUACCAGGUCUGUUGUAUCAUAUCUCAGCAUUCUUAAGGAAGGGAAGCACAGGUCAGCUGCUUUUUCUUUCUCGGUUUCUCUGUUUUGCCUUUUAAGAACUAUGAACUAUGUCUGUUUUAAAUAGAUCUGAUUAGCUGUAUUUUUAGAAAGAUAUCACCACGGCAUUAAUUUAUGUAUCCUCCCCAGUUGGUCAUGUACCAAUAGUGGGGGCAGGGGUACAGCUGCAUCUAGUUUAAUCUUAAAUCACUGACUUUGGCCUGAAACAGAUACAUCUUAGUCAAAUUAUUGGUUCAAUAUGUAAUUAAGUUAACUGUAUCAUGUGUAUUAUUUUGAGAUGAUAUACUUAUUUAAAUAUUCUUUAUCAAGCAGAAAUAAUUUGCGAAUAAAGUUGUCUUUUUUUAACACUUUUUUGCAUGUCAUUUAUGCCAUUUCAGUUGUAAAAGCUAUUUUUAAAAAAAAAAAUCAAAUGUUGUGCUUUGAAGUGAGUCAUGACAAAUCUUUUCAUGCUGGAAUUUAAAGCACCUACCCCUGAAUGAAAGCAAUUAAAUGUUAUUUUAUAAUUUUCUGACUGAUGGGAUAUCAAGGUUAUUGUAACUAUUUUCAAGAAAAUUAUAAGGCACUGACCUGGUGUUUAGAAAUGAACAUAUAGCAAUCACUACAAAUGUCCUUCAAAUGUGAAGGAGGGUCAGUAAACAUCAUGAAGAAUAUUCAUCAUUACCUCCUCCAACGCAUCUAGUUUACUUCAUAACAAUAUUGAGUAUGAGAAACAACAGUAGAUUAUUUCCAUGAUCAGAUUUGUCAUCAGUGGAUCGACUGCUGUACUUCAUGUUUAGUGUCUCUUGAGUUUUUUUUCCACUCUGUCACAACAGUGUUGGUUUAAAUACUCAAACACACUGUUGCUGUUUUUAUUAAUUGCCUAUAGUCAUUCUGUUCAUCUAAUUUCAUUCUUUACUUCCUGGUUAAUAGAGAUUUAUAGCACCCAAGAGGAGAUUUACAGUCUAUGCAGGGUUCCUACACAAUUAAAUGUCUGGAAAAUUAAUUUCCCCGAGUUUGAUAAUUGCACAGUCCGUUAAAAUGUGAAAAACAAAUGUGUAGUCCUGAAGUAUAUGGAUGGAUGUACAUUCAAUCCACUGUCGUUUCUUGUAUCAGUUAUGUGCUGGUUUCACAUGUCAUAAGGUCACUAUACAGAAGCUUUGUCAUAAUGAAAAAGCCAAAGGAUGUUGCAAAUUUGAACAAUUAGUCCAGAAAAGUUUGAAAUAUAGUAAACAAUGGGAACAAUGUGCAGGAACCUUGUCAAUGUCUUGUAUGUGGUCAAUGGUUGUGUUGUAACAGCCGUUGUACCACAAACACCUCCUCUUGCAUCUGUUCUGUAAAUAUCCAGUUUUCACAUCAGAGCUACAGUAAAACGAUAAUAUCUGAUGAUGAAAAGCAUAAUUUGUUUUUGUUGAAGCCGUAGCUUGGCGGAUAGAUUACUGCUGGCAGCAAAAUGCAAAAAGUAUACAUGUAAAUGAGUGUUGUUAAAGGGGUAAAUGUAGAAGCAGAGUAAGUCCUGGCGGGCUCUGUUAGGCCUCGAUGUGGAAAAUUGGGUAAUGAUAAGCAAUACAGUAUGCUGAAAAUAUCUCUUGUAUGCAUCUUCUGGCUUAUUUGUUUUGAAGAAAAAUGAUAAUUUGUGUGCUCUGCUUCAGGCAUACACCUAUUGAGUUUGUAAAGAUCGAAAUGAACCGUUAUUCAGGGCUUUGUAUUGUUAUAAGUGAUCAUCCUCAGCCUGUUACUUGUCAGUAGAGAUCUAAUUAGCCUAGCCUAAGGCUGCCUCGCCCUCUUGAGGCUGUUUAUUCAUUGUUUUACCAACAGCCACUGGAAUGUAAAUACAACAGUUUUGUCUAUUUUGACUGUGUUCAUAUGCAGCUCGUCUUAAUCUGAAAUUAGCUCGGUGAACAGAUGACUGUUCAACAAAGUAAAAAUGCCUUUUGUUUCACAUAUGCCUCUGUUUAAUUGUUUGUACUCAAUAAAUCUAUUCAGAAAUA